AUGGAGCCGAACGUCACUUGGCCUAUGGUAGUUGGAGCUGUCAUCGCCUACUACGUGACGGUCGUGGUCUACCGCUUAUCUUUGCACCCUCUCGCUCGCUUUCCCGGCCCCAAACUGGCUGCCAUCUCGCGUUGGUACGAGGCCUACUACGAUGUUCUACAAGGUGGGCAAUACACUUCGAAGAUCGCAGAGCUGCACAAGCUAUAUGGCCCCAUCAUUGGGAUCAGCCCAUACGAACUGCAUGUAAUUGACCCAGGGUUCUUUGAGACGCUCUAUUGUAUGGAAGGACGUUGGGACAAGUACGGCUGGACCUACGAUGCUUUUGGGGCCAAAGGGUCUACCGUUUUCGGGUCAGACAAACUCUGCCAACGCAUUUCGACACUCGAAGGGGCUACAUCCAACCUCGGCGCAGCCGUCAGCGCGUUCUCGCGAGACAGUGCCAACAAAUACAUCAUGGGCAAAGAGUACAAUGAGCUUGACUUGGAAGACUUCGGUAUUGGGCUAUCUAUCGCAUCUCAAGGCGCUGGUGUCUUUUGGCACACAACGAAACACGUGGCAGAUGAAGGCACAAAGGCCUUCUUGCGGUACGUCCAGCAAUAUGAACGAGACUCGAUGGAUAUUCUGGCCGCUGCGAUGUCCUCUUCUCCAGACAACAAGAUCCAGAACACAAUAAUCUACGAGAUCGUUCGCUCCAACCCUCCACCGACCGAGAAAGCCUUUCAUCGCGUCCACGAGGAAGUAGCGACUGUGACUGGUGCAGCGUACGAGACGACAGCCAAUACCAUGAGACUCAUUCUCUACCACGUGUACACCAAUGACGAAAUCAUCCGUCGACUCAGAGAAGAGAUCGCUUCGAUCACCACCGAGGCCUCCGAGCCGAUUGCGUUAAGAAAACUAGAGAAGCUGCCCUAUCUCAGAGCAGUCCUGAUGGAAGGCAUACGCCUAAGUCCCGGAAUUGCUACACGUGCGGCGCGCCUUACUAAUACGGAUCUUUUCUACGGUGACUGGCGUAUUCCCGCUGGAACGCCGGUCGGAAUGACUACGCUGCUAAUGCACACCAAUGAGGAAUUGUAUCCAAACCCAAUGCGCUUCGACCCAGAUCGGUGGAUGAACGCGACAGCCCAGGCCACUGGUGGAGCGAAUUUUGCACCCUUCUCUCGGGGAAUGAGGAUAUGUCUCGGCAUGUACCUUGCUUGGGCCGAGAUGUAUCAGCUUGUCCCUGCUUUAAUUCAGCGGUACAACUUCAAGGUGGAGGGCGCGACGGCUGCCGAUUUCGAGUUAGAAAGGGAUAAUUUUGCCAUCGGCACCAAGGCUGGGUGCAAUUCAAUGGCUCAUGUUACUCCAUUUCAAGGCUGA